GGUUGGUGUUCCCUUAACCCCCUCUCCUUUCCAAAAAAAAAUGAAAAAUGAAAAAUAUUUCGGCAUCUUGUAUGCCGCGAGGAUUAACGGAAGUUCAACAUCUUUGUCGUACCCGGUCCUUUUGCCACGUAAGAUGGAGUAACUAGCUCUGAUAUUUUACCAAGUACUAGCGUCAUCGUUCUCAUUUCAAAAUCUUAUCCAGCAGUCAGCAUUUCCCUCUCAGUACCAAACCAGUGGAGAUAGGUUUUCUGUAACUCGUACCAAUUCCCGGUAUGGCAGCUAAAGCCAUGCCAUUACAUCUUCUAUCUUCUUUCUCAUCUAACAAUUCUCAAUUGAAACUCUCAAACAUCAAAAUCUCAUUUACAACUUCUUCUAAAACCCUAAGGGUUCAAUGCUUAAAAAGGUCUAUAAGGACAGGAAAACAAAGAUAUCCAUCAGAAAAGAAGAAACUCCGAAGAAUAAAGAGAGAAAACCCAAUUUCUGAAAUUGAAAAUAAAGAUGAAGGUUUUUGGAGGUUAUCUAAACUUGGAGUUGUUGUUCAUAAGGAUCCUGGUAAAGAUUAUCUUGGUAUAUGUGAUGCUCUUCUUGAAGCCAUUGCUAAAGUCCUGGAAUUCCCGGUUUCUACCAUGUUGCCGGCAGAACCAUUUACUGUUGUGCGGAAGUCUUUUGACGCCAGAAAGUUGUUGAAGGAGCCCAAAUUCGUAUAUACUGUGGACAUGGAUGUUAAAAAGCUCUUGGAUUUGGAACCUCGUACAUGGGACUUCAUCUCUCAGCUAGAACCGAAAGUUGGGCUCAUAGAGCAUAUGCUUCAAGAAAGAGAUUCUGGUGAUUUGAUAAGUGUAAUAAACAAUGCUAAGAAGAACCGUAACCUUCAAACCAAGACAAAGCCAAAAAUUGCUGUGGUGGGAAGUGGGCCAGCAGGUCUGUUUGCUUCGCUUGUGCUUGCAGAACUUGGUGCAGAUGUUACCUUAAUAGAAAGGGGUCAAGCAGUUGAAAGAAGAGGGCGUGAUAUUGGUGCCUUGGUGGUUCGUCGGAUUCUUCAGAAGGAAAGCAAUUUUUGCUUUGGGGAGGGUGGUGCAGGUACCUGGAGUGAUGGAAAAUUGGUCACUAGAAUAGGAAGGAACAGUGACAGUGUGAUGGCAGUUAUGAAAACUCUUGUUCACUUUGGAGCUCCAGAAAAUAUCUUAGUCGAUGGGAAACCUCACUUGGGAACGGAUAGGUUGAUUCCACUUUUACGCAAUUUCCGGCAACACCUACAAGAUCUAGGCGUUACUAUCAAGUUUGGCACAAGAGUUGAUGAUCUGCUUGUAGAAAACGAACAGGUUGUCGGAGUCAGAGUUUCUGAUGCAACAAAUGAAUUGCAUGCUGAUAGCCAAAAUUUGAGAUAUGAUGCAGUUGUUCUAGCCGUAGGGCAUUCUGCUCGCGAUGUUUAUGAAAUGCUUGUUCCUUAUAAUGUGCGCAUGGUUCCCAAAGAUUUUGCAGUCGGGUUGCGGGUUGAGCAUCCUCAAGAAUUAAUAAAUAACAUCCAGUACUCUGCAUUGGCUACUGAAGUUCGCAAAGGACGUGGAAAAGUACCAGUUGCAGACUAUAAAGUUGUCAAGUAUGUUGAUAACAUAAACAACGAGGAAGCCACUAAAUCAAGGGAAACAAGUCGUAGUUGUUAUUCCUUCUGCAUGUGCCCAGGAGGACAGGUUGUUCUCACCAGUACAAAUCCAUCAGAACUCUGUAUCAAUGGUAUGUCAUUUUCUCGCCGCUCGUCCAAAUGGGCAAAUGCAGCACUUGUUGUCACUGUCACAUCAAAGGACUUUGAUACUUUGAAUCUCCAUGGGCCUCUUGCUGGAGUUGAGUUUCAGAGGGAAUUCGAGAGAAGAGCAGCCGCAAUGGGAGGGGGAAGUUUUGUUGUGCCUGGGCAGACAGUCGAAGAUUUUCUUAAUAACAAACUAUCAGAAACCUCUUUGCCAUCAUCAAGUUAUCGGCUGGGAGUGAAAGCAGCGAAACUCCAUGAAUUGUUCCCCACUCAUGUCACAGAGGCUUUACAGCAUGCAAUCUCAAUGUUUGAAAGAGAGUUACCGGGCUUUAUUUCAAGAGAUGGGCUUCUUCAUGGAGUCGAGACGAGGACAAGCUCUCCUAUUCAGAUUUCUCGUGAUGGAGAUACCUAUGAGAGUGUAUCAUUGAAAGGAUUAUAUCCUAUUGGAGAAGGUGCUGGUUAUGCUGGUGGGAUUGUAAGUGCUGCUGUUGAUGGCUUAUAUGCUGGCUUUGCUGUGGCCCAAAACUUAGGUCUUUGUGAGGGCGGAAUAGAUUCAGUUUUGGGGAAGGCUCAGAAGAGCACUGGAUUUGUCAAGUACUGAUGUGGUUUCGGGAAUUCACAGUUAGUAUCAACAGUUUCUGGUUGUUUUUUCUGACGAAUAUCACUAAUUUUGCUUCAAAGGGAGGUUUUUUAAAUGAGGGAUGCGUCAUGGGCGUCCAGGUAGUUGUCAAAAACUGAUCAAACCUUAUGAAUAUUAAUGUGUUUCUUGCGAAAUAGAAAAGUGGAAAAGAAAACACAAAGUAAAAGACAAAAAGAAGGGAGAAAUUUCUAUUCAUCAAUGUAUAGAAUCCAAAGGUUUAUGACUCAAAGGCCUAUUCCUACGCAGGCAUAUGGCAUUCAUCAAGUUCUGCCACAUAUGC